UGAGUAACAGUGUAUUUCUGUAAGGCGUGGAUGGAGCCGCUGUGUGUACAAGGGCAGAGCUGAGAUGUGUGUCAGUGAGGCUGUAGCUGGUUAACUAGCUGAUAAUCAGCUGGGACGUUCAGUAGGACUGUGGGAAUCGCUGGAUUUACAGAGGCCACUCUCGUGACGAGGACAUCACCUGCUGCCAUGGUGGGGCUACAGAGCUACUGCGAGGCGGGGGUCUCAAUGCACCGCGUGUGGGUGGAGGGUGGCCUGACUCCUUGCUUCUUCUUUACCCUGAUCCCAUCUGUCCUGUUAAGCCUUGCCCUCGUCUUGGGUGCGCUCCACGGUGUGUGCUACGGGCGUUAUGGUACAACGAUGGAGCCGAAGUACGUGCCGCGCUCUCGCCUCUACGGUCUGCAGAUGGUCCUCUCAGCGCUGCUGGUGGUCCAGGCCGUGGUCUGGACAGCAGUCAAGGCAGCGCUGGAUGGACUCUAUGGAUAUGUGCUGCUUUAUGGCUGUCUGACGGCUCUUGGGUGGAUCUGGGCCUGUGCUUCACUCAGGCUGGAGCGCAGGAGGGUGCUGGUGAGGGAGCGGACGAGAGGGCACAGCGUUGUGCUGCUUCUGUACUGGGCGCUGGCGUUCGCAGCCGAGAACUUAGCCUUUGUGUCCUGGAUUAGCCCUCAGUGGUGGUGGGGGCUGGAGAACACAGAGCAACAGGUGGCGUUUGUGCUCUGGAUGGUCCGGUACUUCAGCUCUGGGUUGCUGUUCUUCAUAGGCCUUAAGGCUCCAGGGUUGCCACGACGCCCAUAUAUGCUCCUUAUCAACGAAGAUGAGCGUGAUGUGGAAAAUGGCGGACAGCCUCUGCUAGGUGGUGCUCCACAAACCCAGUCAGCAUGGCGGGACUUUAGGAAGAAGGUGCGUCUGCUGGUGCCUUACAUGUGGCCCAGUGGAAGUGUUUUCCUGCAGCUGCUGGUCAUUCUCUGCCUCUGCCUGCUUGGGGUGGAGCGUGCCAUCAACGUUUUUGUGCCCAUCUACUAUAAGAACAUAGUGAACCAGCUCACUGGCGGGAGUGCCUGGAAAACUGUCUCCGUUACAGUGUGUGUCUACGUCCUGCUCAAGUUUCUGCAGGGUGGUGGAGCUGGUUCCUCUGGCUUCAUCAGCAACAUGCGAUCCUUCCUGUGGAUUCGUGUGCAACAGUACACCAGUCGUGUGGUUCAGGUGCGUCUGUUUGCCCACCUGCACGCACUGUCCCUGCGCUGGCACCUGGGACGCCGCACCGGUGAAGUCAUUCGCAGCAUCGACCGCGGGACCUCCUCUGUCGACAGCCUGCUCAGCUACAUCGUGUUUAGCAUCUUCCCCACCAUAGCUGACAUAGUCAUAGCCAUCAUCUACUUCAUCUCCUACUUCAAUGCCUGGUUUGGUCUCAUCACCUUCGUCUGCAUGGCCCUUUAUCUCACUCUUACCAUUAUAAUCACUGAAUGGAGGACCAAGUACAGGCGAGACAUGAACACUCAUGAUAACAACGCCAAGGCCAAAGCAGUGGACUCCCUGCUAAACUUUGAGACGGUGAAAUACUACAACGCAGAGAGUUAUGAAGUAGGACGCUUUGAGGAAGCAAUCCAGAAGUACCAGCUGUUGGAGUGGAAGACCAACGCCUCGCUGGCUUUGUUAAACCAGACGCAGAAUCUGAUCAUCGGCUCGGGUCUGCUGGCCGGCUCACUGCUUUGUGCUUACUUUGUCACAGAGGGCAAAUUCGAGGUGGGAGAUUAUGUUCUGUUCGGAACGUACAUCCUCCAGCUUUACACACCACUCAACUGGUUUGGAACGUACUACAGGGUGAUCCAGAGGUCUUUCAUUGACAUGGAGAACAUGUUCCAGCUCUUCACAGAGGAACAGGAGGUAAAAGAUGACGUGAACGCGGGAAACCUGAACUACAGGCAAGGGAGGAUUGAGUUCGAGAAUGUCUUCUUCAGCUACACUGAAGGGAAGGAGAUUCUGAAGGACGUCUCUUUCACCGUCCUGCCAGGCCAGACUGUUGCACUUGUUGGCCAGUCAGGCUCUGGGAAGAGCACCAUCAUUCGACUGCUCUUCCGGUUCUAUGAUGUUCAGGGUGGUUGCAUCCGCAUUGAUGGACAAGACAUUGCCAAGGUCAAGCAGGACUCCUUGAGGGCACACAUCGGGGUCGUCCCUCAGGACACUGUCCUGUUCAACGACAACAUCCGUGAAAACGUCCGCUACGGCAGAGUCUCUGCCACCGACGAGGAAGUGGAGGAGGCAGCCAUGGCCGCUGACAUUCAUGAGAGGAUUCUGUCCUUCCCUGAAGGAUACACCACUCAAGUUGGCGAGAGGGGUCUAAAACUGAGCGGAGGAGAGAAGCAGAGGGUGGCCAUUGCUCGCACAAUCCUUAAAGCCCCCCAGAUUAUCCUACUGGAUGAGGCCACCUCUGCCCUGGAUACGCAGACAGAGCGCAACAUCCAGGCCUCGCUGGCUAAAGUCUGCGCCAACAGGACCACUAUAGUGGUGGCCCACAGGUUAUCAACCAUCAUUGGAGCAGAUCAGAUCCUUGUUAUCCGUGAUGGACAGAUUGCAGAAAGAGGAGGACAUGAGGAGCUGCUGGCUAAGGGAGGGCUUUACUCUGACAUGUGGCUGAAGCAGCAGCAGGCCCAGGACUCAGAUUCAGCCUCUGACACUGAAGUCAAAGACGUGAAGUCUGAAAAACUACAGCCGUCCGCUUCUUCUGGGGGUCACUGACUGUCUCCAUACAGUAAAGAUGGGUGUUAAGCCUCAGCAGGUUUUAUUUUAAACAUUUUUGCACUGGUAUCGUCUGUUUGACCCUAAUGGCAAUGGCCUAUUCGUACCAAAAUGUUUUGGACAAAAAAUUGGAUGAAACCGUUAAUGUAGUACAACCUAGUUGUUAUGAAUUUCAAUGCAGCUCUUAUAGUGUGUUAAUUGUGAACUAAUGUAAUAAUGAUAAAACUGAUGAUUCAUCAUACAGCUUUAGUAGAACCUUCAUAUUAAAUGUGACACUUUCCCUAUAGCUUUUUUAAACGCCCACUCUUUUUCUCUUCUCCCUGUCCGCUCUGUAAUUUUUCACCUGUAGUUUUGUGUUCUUUUGGGCAUAAACAGACUAGUGUACUCCUAGUCACACUUAAGAAAUCAGCUCACAUUAAAAGCUGUGUAAAGUACAUUUAAACAUAAUUUCUUAGCUUUCCAGCUCAGAUCUGCCAUACAUUUUCUUUAUCUUACUUAUUUUAAUAGUCCUCGUGUUGUUUAACAUAUAACAGGACAAGUUGCUCUGCUUUUGUUGUAAUGCUCCUGUGUUUGGUCUACAACCAUGACAACAGAGCACUGAUUGGUCACCCCUGUUUUUUGUCCAUACAAAUAGAAUAUAGAGCAGGAUCCUAAUAAAACGAAUAUGCUGCAUUUAUCUGUUUCACCCAUUAAAAAAAAAAAAACAUUGUUAAUUGGCACAAGAUAUUUGCACCAAGAUCUAUGUUUCACACAAUUUAUAGAAAAACUUUUUUUUUUUACCAGCAAAUAAGAUGUUCCCAGUCAUUAGGGUAAACGGCACUGCAAACAUUUAAAUUAAAUGCAAAAAGUCAGUCCCUUGUUAAUAUACAUAUGUAUUUUUUUCUGUCCAUAUAUUUUGACUCUCUGAAUAGGCUAUAACCUUUAGGGUCAGUUUCCCAGGCUGUUCUCCAUUCAGAAUGCUGUGUAGUCCAAGACUAGGCUUAACUGCCCUUAAUGUUUAAUUAAAUAUAUCUGUAGGUUUGAUAUGUGGGUUUUUAAAAUAUGUUUUAUUAUUAUAUUUGUUUUUAAAUGAGUGGGCGUUUUUAAGCUCUAACGGGUUUCCAGUGAUGGAAAAAAUCUACUGAGGAAUGAAAGCAGUACUUUUAUUUAUGUCUAAUUAUUCAUUGUGCAUAUAUACAAUGUUACGUUUUGAAUUUGAGUUAUGUAUUCUUGUUUUUAAACAUUUACUCAACAAGUUAAGCUUCUUGCCAUUAAUUUCUAUUGUAUGAUUAGGGAUUUAUUUUUAAGGUCUUUUUUUUUUUUUUUUUUUUUUUUUUUUUUUUUUUUUAAUAUAUACAGUACUGGUAAAUGUUUUAACAUUUCCGUCCAUGGUGAUAAACUGUUAAAUACAUAUGUGCUCUAUAGAAAAAAGAUUUAAAAAAAUGUUGACACAUGGUUUUGUGAGCAAUAAGAGAAAAACUUAGACGGGUUGAAUGUACGUUUUUUUUUCUCUCAAAUCUCCGGUUUAGUUUGUGUUUCAGCACUUUUUAAGUAAUUUUAUACUGACUACUCUUUAGCCAGGGAUUCUUGUCAAAAAUUAAAAUCAUGUCUCAGCAGUGACAGUUUUUGCUACAUAUUGCUAAUGCUUCAGAAUUUCUUAGAAUGGUAGAAAUUGCAACUACAGAAUACAGCAGAAGGCUUGCUUUUCACUCCAUGGCUAAACUCAUGCCAAGCUUAAAAGUGAGGCUAAACCAAAUCCAAAUUUCAGCUGUUAGCAUCGCAGCUAACACACUGUAACAUUGGCAACCCUGGCUUCUGUGUCUGUGAGCAGUGAGGCUUUAGAGGCAUAUCAGGCCCAGCUGUUAGCAUCACGGCUAAGCUGCUUAAAGCCUGCCAAGCCUGUCUUCAGUGUCUGUGUUAGCAUUGUGGCUCCAACCCUGCCAAGCCAGGCUGCUGUCUAUUGACAUAGAGGCUCCAACACUACCAGCUUUUAGCAUAGCGGCUAACCAACUCAGACCCUGCUGAGACUAGCUGCUGUGUCUGUUAGCAUAGCAGCUGCUGCUGAAAAAAAAAUCAUAAAGGAAACACUGCAUAGCAUUAAAAGUUGUAGGUUCUAUCUAGGGAAAAAUGUUUCUUUCAUGUACAUGUGUAUCAUUUUAUUACUAAUAUUAUAAGGGAAAACAAACAACAAUACAAUCAUUUAUGUUGUGUGGACUGAGUUCUCCUGAUGCACACUGCUGGGCAAAGAAUGUUUUUAUUUAAUUUCCACUCAGAUCAGCCAUAAAUGACGUUUGUUAUUUAUUCACAGUACAUGAACAAAAGUAUAUGGACACCUGUUCAUUCAAUGUUUCACAUUAAAUAAAGGGUAUUAAAGAUGAAUUUAGCACCUCACAACUUUACAGUUCUCUGAGGGAACAUUUCAAAAUCAGUUUACAUAAUGCUAUCCCAUGACUUUCAGCAUGUCCAGUGUCUUUUUCUUCCUCUUUUUUUUGUUUUGGUUGUCCUUAAUGGCUGUUUUGAAGGGAAAUUAAAUAAAUAUAUGAAAGUCUCUGAUCUCUGACAGGAUUUUUGGUUUGUUUUUACACAGGCAAAAACCUAAAUGCACCAAAGUGAGCCUCAACAAACCACACAAGCACAUUGUCUAGUGUGGUAGCAAGAAAGUAAAUAUAGCAAGCGGAUCCAGUGUUCCAGAGCAUUUUUAAUGGGAUAUGGGGCACAUUUGUCCACACAGGAAGUUUAGUUUUGCGAUGUGUGCUACAUAUACAGCGUUCAGUGUGAAACAGCUUUUAGUAAGGUACUGUGGUAAUUAUCUGGGCAAUAAAUCAGAUUUGAUCAGAUGCUUGUGUGAAAAAGCAAAAAAAUAAAAGCCAUGCUGGUGGCAGCAAGACCACUCGUUGUACACAGCCUUGGUUUGGCUAUCUGGCUUCAUAAAACCGUGAGACAGACUUUCGUGGUAUGUGACGGGUACAUUUGCAAAGUUGCUUACAGCUUUGAGUAGUAAUCAAGCAAUAUGCUGGGGCUUUUAUGUUUUUUGAAAAAGGGCAAAGAAAGACCGAAAAAGGAAAAAGGCAGAGAAAGAUGCUAUUUAAACUGACAAAUUUCACAUUUUUAUCUCUGUGUGCCUCUUUGUGUAUUGAAUUACUAUUAGUUUGUAUUUGUUUGAGAUCUGCAGACUACCUGCUGAUUAUAUUCCAUUGAAUCACGUUUAAGUGAAUGAAAUGAUAUUUCUCAUGACUUCUUGCGUCAGUCCAGUUUAAAUAGAAACAGGCUGAAAUGACUUUGUAUAGUGAGAUUUCAAAGCUGGAGUGUUUUCAUGCACUAUGUUUGUAAAUUCAGCUGUAUCCUGAUAUUCAAUCAAGAGAUGUACUUUAUAUAAAAUGAAUAAAAUGCUGCUUCAGGUUGGAGUGAUUAUAUGUUGGUGCCUGGUUUUGUAUGUUGAAGUAUGUAAAAGUGUCUUAUGUUUGUUUAUAUAAAGGAGAUGAAUAUGAGUGAAAUAAAAAAUUGUGCAUUUUUAAA